GUUCCUGUUCAGCCACAGUCGGUUACGUUUGCCGUGAACCGAGAGCCCCCGGAAAAGUAGUGUCGAGAAAUAGAAGUGUGGAGCAGUUGUAUUCAGUACCGGAGUCAGUCAGCACUCAAAUCACAAUCUAGAUCCCAAAUCUGGCCACCCGAUCCGACAUUUCAAGUUCAAGUUCAAAUUCGAAUCCAAAUUCAAGUCCAAUUCCAAGCCAAAAUUGAAAACCAAAAUUUUUUGAAAGACAACGUCUACCGUGCUCACUGAAAUCAACCAAGUAAUCAAGGUUUGAACUCUGGUUCUUCCCCUCAUUUGGUGUCUGUUGUACGUAUUUUUUUUAAUUUUUUGAAAGUGCGUGCGUGUUAUGAAAAGUUUGUUUGAGGGUCUUUCUUUUUGAACACCAAAACGGCAGGAAAAAGAAACGAAAAAAGCGAACGCAAAGCGAAUAAAGACCCGUCCCUAUUAGCAGGACCUAGUGAAACACCCGAAACGGAAAGAGGCAGGAUGUCGGACAAGCAGCAGGAAAGUGAGCCAAUCCCCGAGGAGGAGGUGCAGCAGCAGCAGCAGCAGCAGCAGCAGCAGGAGCAGCAGGAGCAGGAGGCUCCUGGCAGCAGAAGUGCCUGUUGCGGAUCUGGACCGGAACCGGAACAGGAAGUGGAACCGGAGCCGGAGCCGGAGCCGGAACCGGAAGUGGAAAUAGACGUGGAGGUGGAGGGCGCUGCAGCUGCCGGCGGAUCGGAUGCACCCGCUCCGGCCAAUCAAAAUCCGGGACUGGAGCGCGACAGGGACAGGGACCCGCACGGCGAUAGAUCCACUCAUCGUGAUGAGUUUGGCACACAGCGUGUUUACAAGAAGACCUCGCCGAAUUGUGUGCUGACUUUAUAUUUACCCACUCGCGAGAUAACGCUCACCGGCAAUAAUCCGUCCGUUUUGAGGGGCAUCGUCUACGUGGAUCCGAAGGCCAUCCAGGGAUAUCGCGUAUACGCCCAGCUGACGCUGACAUUUCGCUAUGGCCGCGAGGAUGAGGAGGUGAUGGGGCUGCGGUUCUGCAACGAGGCCAUAAUGUCACUGCACCAGAUUUGGCCACGACUCGAGGAGCCCACACCAGAGUCCCUCAGUCCAUUGCAGGAGGCCCUGAUGAAGCGCCUGGGCGACGGAGCCCAUCCCUUCACCCUCUCGCUGUCCUCCUACGCACCACCCAGUGUCCAGUUGGUGCCCGCCAAGCGGUACUACGGAGCUCCGAUUGGCACCAGCUACGAUGUGCGCUGCUUCAUCGCGGACAAAACGGAUGAGAAGUUCCAUCGCCGGGCCUCGGUGAAGAUGGGCGUGCGGGUCAUCUAUCGCACGGAUGUCUUUCAUCACUUGGCGCCCGAGCAGUACGCCGCCCUUGCCGGACGGCAGAACAACGCCCAGUCGCCGCCGGCCAGUGCCACGCCCCCUUCGGUAGGCGAGGGCGGGGAGCAGCACGCCGCCCACGCCCAUGCCCACGCCCACGCCCAUCACCAAUCGCAGUCGCAGCCAACUAGCGGUUCCAAGCACAAGUCGAAGUCCGAGCGCGGCGACUCCUUCCCCAAGCUGCGGCUCUCACCGAAAUCCUUUCGAUUCAGCGGUCGUUUCGGGCGCAGCAAGAGCGAGAUCGAGAAGUGUCCCAAUGAUCCCUUCCACAGCUACAGCAAGUCCUUCCAGGAGCACUGUGACAGCAUGUUGCCGCCGCACACUGGGGCCGGGGUCACUGGAGGAAUCGGUGGCGUCAGCGUGGGUCCUUGUGGCGGUCCCCAAGGAUCCGUGGACAAGCCAUUCCUGCUGCACGACGGACGGGUGGGAUUGCGGGCCAGCUUGGACAAGGGCUGGUAUACACACGGCGAGGACGUUCAGGUGACCGUCAAUAUACGCAACGAUAGCCGCAAGACGGUCCGCAAAGUUCGGGUCUGCGCCAUCCAGCACGUCGACGUCUGCAUGUUCAACAACGGCAAGUUUAAGAAUGUGGUGGCUGAUUCGGAUAAUGUGACACCGCCGGUGGAUCGCACAGUGGCCGCUGGAGCCUCGCUGAACACCACGGUGACGCUGCGUCCGCAACGCGGUCCCACCAAGAACUGGAUCGCCCUGGAGGACACCUUGCAGCGCAGCACCGAGCCGGAGGAGAUCACCGGCGCCAUCGCUGCGUCGGCCAUCCGCUCGCCUCACUUUGUGAUGCAGAACGCCCAGCUGUUGGGCGGUUGCGGCCACCCACUUGGCAGUCCGGCCUUGGUAACGCCACAUCCACACCUGUGGCAGCCGGGCUGCUCGCAAGGUCAGGGUCAGCCGGGUAAUCCCAACUCCGCCGGCGGCAAUGAGGAGCGCAACGUGUUCGCCAUCUAUGUGUCCUACUAUGUCAAGGUGAAGUUAACCCUGAGCGGCAUGGGUGGCGAGUUGUCCCUGAAGCUGCCCUUCGUCCUGGUCCACGUGGAUGAGACACAGCGUCCGGGCUUUGCCUCCGCUACGUUGGGCGAGCUGCGAAUGGAGAUGGAGCGUCUGGCCCUGCAGGAUGCACCCGUGGGCAAGCGAAACGCACGACGACAGGCACAGCCCACUUUCGCAGAGAUCGGAGAUGGACCUUCCACCAGUGCGGCUGCUGCCGCCGCAGCCGCUGCUGCAAAGUCGGCCUCUCAAGCCGUUGGCCAGUCAGCCGGACAUCUGGACAUGAUCGAGAGCCUGGACGAUGAGUUCAACAUCAGGGUGCCGGUGCCAAGGAACGGCUCACACAAGCGGCGCUUGCAGCGCAGCGAGACCUUGGCCCGCGACCUAGAGGAGCACGAGGAGCACGGUCCGAUGCCCGAGGAGGAGGACCACAUCGUCCAGAUUCACUUGGAGCAGGUGUCGCCGGACCGCGACGAAGUGCAGCGCGAGGAGCGGUCGCAGCAGGAGCAGGUGAGCCACGCCCCCGGUGCCGAGACCGGUGCGGUCCCCAAGUCGUCGAAUGUGUGAUUCUGAUUGUGGUCGCAGAUGUUUGCCAAACGCAAGAGGAAGCCGUAAUGCCGGAUUCCCCAAGUGCUAGUACAGGGUAAUAGUGCCGAAGACCAAUUACUAUUUCCCAGAACGCGAAAAUCGAUUGAACAACACAGUUUUCGUCGUUCUAAAAUC